UGGGUGUUAGAAACUAUAUAUCUGAACCAUUUUCCUCUAUCCAUCUUCAGCGAGUUAGUGCUCUUGCUGGACUUUUCUUCACCGAAAUAAAGAAGGACAAACAAGAAGAAAUGGCUGAUGGACCGAGAAAGAGCAAGAUUUCCUCUGGACGCCGGCUUGGGUUGAAGAUCAAGAUGCUAAACACAGCCCAGGAAAUGCUCAUAUUAGAGAAGCAACAGAAGAAGAAAGAGAAGGAGGACACACUGAGCGAGAGGGUUCCGCCUCUAAAGCUUUCGGGUCUCACUGUCCAGGAACUGCAGGAUCUUUGCAGGGAUCUCCAUUGCAAGAUUGAUGUAAUUGAUGAGGAGCGCUACAACAUUCAAGUCAAGGUGUCCAAAAAUGACAAAGAGAUAGAGGAAAUGACAAGGAAGAUCAUCGAAAUGAGAGGCAAGAUGAAAAGGCCUACUCUGAAGAGAGUAAGGAUCUCAGCCGAGGCUAUGCUCAGUGUCCUUCUCGGCGCUAGACACAAAGAGUCCUUUGACUUCAAAGCCAAUCUGAAAACAGUGAGGAAGGAGGAGGAGAAGAAAGAAGAGGUGACUGACUGGCGUAAGAAUGUGGAGGCCAUGUCUGGAAUGGAGGGCAGGAAAAAGCUAUUCAAUGCUGGUCAAUAGGAGAUCACUGAUGAGCUCAAUAGCUGCAGUCAGCUUCACACUGAGAUCUACAUCAAGACAAUAAUAGAAAAAAGGUUGAAAGGCUUCAUCCAAAUUAGAGUUUGACGAGUUUAAGUUUUGAUUUCUAUCAUGAUGUGUAAAAAUGCUAUAAAUGUUUUUUUUAUCAUAUUUGCUAAGGCAAGUUUUUAGAGAAUAGCAUGGCUGCAUAAUUAUUUGUAUAAGUGUAUGUGUGAACUGCUAUAGCAUCUUAUUGCUAUAACAUAUUCUUGUUCUUUAAUGAUGGUGGCAUAAAUCCAGCAGUGUGUUAGGGUCAAUCCCUGUUCUAUCUAAA